UGGUAAAUUCAUUUCAAUGUAAGAACUAAAAAUAAAAAAUUAAAAAAAAAAGAAAAUUUAAAAAAAACAGUAAAAUAAUACAAAAAAUAAUAAGUAAAUUAAAAAAACAUUUUUUUUCUUUUUUUAGGCUUCAAACUGAAAUCAAAUUCACCUGAAAUUUACUUUACACAUGCUUUAUUGCGCACAUAACAUUUAGGUAUAUUUAUUUUUACGCAGCUUCAAGUGCAAAACUGCUACACUAAGUCUAUUCAGCUUCGCAAUAAACCCAUAAUUACACUAAAAAAAAAAGAAAAAAACCUCUUAUAUGAGCGGGCGGACAAGUAUAAAAAAAAACUUUUUUUUAAUUUUCCUAUUUUUUUUUAAUUAAAAAUUAUUAUUUUUUGUUUUUUUAAUUUUUUACAAUAAAUAAUUUGUUUGUUUUUCUUUUAACUUAAGUGAAAUUCGGUGUCCACAAAUGUAAACAUUUUGUAUAUUAUAUUUAGUUUUUACUCAGUUUCAUGUGCUAAACUAAAUGUAUUUGCUGCGCAAAAAAACUUCAUUAAACUAAAAAAAAAAAAAAAACAAAAAAAAAAAAAAUAAACAAAAAAUUAAAUUAAACUUUGUUUCAAUCAACGCCGGCAUUUGAGUUGUUCUGCAAAUUUUCGUUGUCUUAUUGUUGUUAACCGCGGCAGUGAAAACCAGAAAACCAGAUAAACAUUUACUCUUGUUGUUGUGCCGAACAUUGACGUGUAAAUUUGAAAUUUUUAAUGCAUUGCGCAAUGGAUGGAAAAUCGACGUCACUACUUUUAUAGCAACAUAUUUAUCUGUAUGUACAUAUGUGUGCACACGGUGUUAUAAAAUGUAUCUCUAUGUGCACUGAACUCGCACAAUGGGCAUUUUCUGUUUAAUUAUGAAACCUUUUUCUUAAAUGACGAAAAUUAAAAAAAAAAAAACAAAAAAAACAAAAAAGAACAAACCAGUGUAAUGAAAAAUUUGUCAGCAUUUCUCGGAAGCCUCUUGAAGAAUGUUUAUUCACUCAGCUAACUCAGUAUUAAACCAGAAAUGAAGCGCAUCGCUUAACAGGAUUCCACGUUCAAAAUUCGGUUAAAAUAGUCUGGAUGCCCAACGCAAACACUGAUUCAGUGACUUCGAUUUUUGUACCAGUUAGGUAUUAUGUGUGGAGACCGCAAAAUCUCUUGAUCUCUCAAAAUCCUCCACAAUCUCUUGAUCUCUCAAAAUCCUCCACGCAGUAGGCGGGCAGAGACCAUUGUAGACAGAUAUGAGUCCUCAUUCACACACACUUUUUGAGCUCGCUUUGUAUGAACAUUGGCUAUUUAAGAACUUUCAACACAAUGCCCCUAUAAAAGGGCUUUCAAUUUCAACGCUAACAUAGAUAACAAUAGCAAUCGCAAUACAGGCGACCUUUACGUAAUAUUUGCACAGACCAUUCCAUUAAAGAAGCGAUUAUUGAAGCUGUAAGAUCACAAAAAAUGAGAAAUUUGCCGGUACUGAUAAUAUUCCCGCUGAGUGCCUAAAAGCUGACGCGAAUGCCACAGCCAAAAUAUUAUAUCGCCUUUUUUAAGAUAUCUGGAAUGCGAAAAUAAUUAAUACAGUCGAACUUCUCUACAAUGAACUUCCAUAUAAUGAAGCUCUCCUUAUAAUGAACUGGUUUCGAAGACACUGCUUUUUCGUUCUACUUUCGGUGUAUUUUUGUCUCCUUAUAAUGAAUUUCUAUAUAGUGAAGUUUUCUAUAUAAUGAACAAAUUUUACAGCUGGAAAUUCAAGCGUCCUAAGUUUUUGUCUCCAUAUAGUGAAUUUUUCCAAAAGUUUUCUGUUGCAAAAAAUUACAGUUAGAUGUGGACAAACUGUAAUGAGGGGAAUCCCAAAAUUAAAACAGAAAGAGCUGAGCUAUUAGAGUUUUAUUCAGUGAUUGAAGUUAAAAUGACGCAUCGAAGCUGCAUUUCGCUUGAAAAAAAGUUAUUAAUGAUUAACAAAGUUAAUGAAGAAAAGAAAAAAAAAAAAAAGAAUUCGGAGUUCUUCCCAGCACUUUAUCAAAUAUUUUAAAAAAUAAGGAAGUGAUUUUAAAAAAUGCGGAGGAUUUGGCAGUAAAUACCAAACGCAAAAGACUUCGACCUUGUCAUUUUGAGGAUAUUGACGAAGCAAUGCUGAAAUGGUUACUCGUUGCACGUGGUAAGAAUCUCCCUUUAUCUGGACCAUUAUUGAAGCAAAAGGCCACAGAUUUUGCGGAAGCACUAGGACCCCACGAAUUUGAGGCAAGUACAGAUUGGUUAGACAAGUUCAAAAGUCGGCAUGGCGUUAUUCAAAAGACAUUAUGUGGGGAAAGUGCUGACGCCAACAUAGAAAACCGUGAUGAAUGGGUAACGAACGUCUUACCGAAAUUAAUUGAAAAUUACAACAUUAACGACAUUUUUAAUGCCGACGAGCUGAGCCGUAGAGAGCAUAUCCGGGCCCCGGGGGAAAAUUCCGGGCCCCGGGGGAAAAUUGCAAGUGCGGGCCCUUUCCAAUAAUGUCUAAUUCUUAUAAAUACGUAUAAUCUCGAGUCCGGGCCCCUCUGAGAACUCCGGCCCCGCGGGAAAAAGUACCCUGCACUGCCCACCCUAAAGAUGUAAGAGACAAGUUGAGAAACAUUCAUCUCGCUUAUUUUCCUCCCAACAUGACUUCGUUACUGCAACCAAUGGACCAAGGCAUUAUCUACAACAUGAAACAACAUUACAGAAAACGAAUUUUAACGAAUAUAUUGACUCAAGUGGAUGAGGGAAAUUCUGUUAUGGCCAUAGACUUGCUGCAAGCAGUUCGAAAUCUUAGCAAUAUAUGGAAUGUCUGUGUUAAACCAGAAACAAUUGCCAACUGUUUUAAAAAGGCUGGAUUUUCAAAAGAUGCUAUUCAGAUUCCAUUUGAGCAUUGGGAUGAAGAGGACCUUCUUUCAAAAUCGGAUUUGGCUGCUUUACAGUCUUCAUUUAAAAAAGUAGCAAAUUUCGAAGCAUCGUUUGAUGACUACGUAAAUGUUGAUAAUGGUGUGCAGACUUGGGACAACCCAUCCGAAGAAGAUAUUCUCAACAGCAUUUUUGAAAGUCGCGGAGUUCCAGCUGAACCUGAUAACGAUGAACACGAUUUGACCGUUGAAGAAUUGGCAGAAACUGAGGAGGCAUUACCUACGUUGAUACAAGCUGCUUCAUCCAUUAGCGUAAUUAGAACCUUUGUGGAAAUCAGGAGUGACGUGCCGAUUAAUGUUUUCAACUCUCUACAUGAUUUGGAAGCUUUUAUUGAAAAUGAAAAAUGGAAGACUGUAAUUCAAACCAAACUCACUGAUUAUUUUAAAUAAAAUUACAUAAAAAAUCAAUGUUUCUUUAUAAUGAAGUUUCUAUAUAGUGAAGUGAUUUUCAGGUCCCGUGCGAGUUCACUAUAUGGAAGUUCGACUGUAAUUCCAUAUGAAUGGAAGGAAGCGAUAUUGGCAAAGUUGACCUAACAGGGUAAUUUAUCGGAUUGCAGCAAUUGGAGGGGUAUUGGCAAUGGGCAAAAUAUUAUAUUUAAUAAAAUCAUUUUAUAUAGAUCACAUUGUUGAGCUAAUAAAUAGUAAGCUACGUAAACAAUAAGCGGAAUUCCGACAAAACCGCUCCUGCAACACUAUGCGAGUCAUAAUUGAGUAAUGUAUUCAAUAUUAUAUCACCCCAUAUACUAAUACGUGAUCUGAAAUGUACCAGGCCUAACAAAGAAAACACGAAUUUUUUUUUGUUCAAAAUUAGCUUUAUUAAUCAACGUAAUUUCCACCAAGAACAACGCAAUCAUUCCAGUGCCGCUCUAACAUUUCAAUACAAUUUUUGCAGAACGAUUUCUCUUCUGCCUCAAAAUAGGCCCCAAUUUCAGCGUUAACCUCUUCAUUUGAGCGAAAUUUCUUUCAUUGUUUUUUUAAGUCUGUGAACAGUUGCUGGGAUUCAAAUUUGUCGAAUACGGUGCAUGUGGGAGCAAUUCGAAGUUCAACUCAUAUUGUUUUGCAAUUGUUUUGCUUGAAAUCAGACGCGGUACGUUGUCUUGAUGAAACAAAACGGUGAGCAAACGCGGCAUCCACUUUGAACAGAGCUUUCUCAUAGCCUACCCAAAUUCUCAUGCAAUAUAAAGCCAACACGUUCUUUUGAUAUUUUUACUAUGUCAGCUAACUCAGGCAACUUAACUUUUCGAUCACUCAAAACGAUUUUGUGGAUUUUUUGAUGUUUUACGGUGUUACCACCUCAUUUGAACGUUCACUGCGUUUUGCAUCAUCGGUGUCUCUACGGCCAUGACCACAUUUGAAGCCAGCAAACCAUCGCUUUAUUGUUGUUUCUGAUGGGGCGGAGUCCCCAUAACACUUUUCAAGGCAUUACCUCGCUUGAAGGGUAUUUUUUCCUAUCAAGAAGCAGUGUAAAAGUAAAACUCAAAAUUCUUUUUGAUCUGCAUUGAUUGUUUUGAAAAAUAAGAAAAGUAGCGUCACUCUUAGCACAAUAACUCAAGAACUAAUGAAUAGAAUAUCGAAGAAUUUUAACAGCUGUAUUUUUAAGGUAAGUACUAACUGAAAAAAGAGGUAAAUGCAAUAAAACUAGUGCCAUAUAAGUGUUAGGCCCGGCACUUUUCAGCCAAUGUACAUAGGAUUUGUUUCCCGAAAACUCGACUCAACUUUUUCUUCACAUCCAGUGACGCUUUUCUUCGCAUUCUUUCGGUGUUCAUCGAUAUGAUGUAGAAAAGGUAAAAGAGUAUACAAUUAAAAUACGUAACUAAGACCGCUGAUCGGUAGAGAAUUCUCACAGUUAUUCAAUAUUUCCAUUGACCAGAAUGAGAUGGAUGAUGCACUCUGUAUGUAUACACUAAGCUAAGCAUCUCGAACUAAUCCCUUCCCUGCCACUUGAGCCAUUUUCGUAGGCGUAAAUGUUUGUGUGAGUGAAUGUGUGCGCCUGUAGGGAUUCGUGUGUCAACUAUCAAGUGAUUUUCAAUCAAAGUUAACAGCCAUCAAACGGUACCGACAACAAGCAUCGGCUCAUUCAGAUGUACUGCUCGCUUAUUCGGCUGUAUGAAUGUUCAUUUGUGCGGCAUCUUGUCUACGUAAUAUACAUAUAUCCCUUUCUCUUCGUCGCACAUCAAUGUUACAUUUUGUGCAUUUUUAUGCGCGCCGCGUGUGCUCGGCACAAUGAAAUAAAUUUAUGCACACCGCACAUUUUAGCCAUGAAUUGUAUGCCAAGAAAUGCACAAUCGAGCCCCAACUGCGUCACCCACCUUCGAGUGUACAUGCAUAUGUAAAUAUAUAUCUAUGCACACAUCCUUAGGUGUUUCAGUAAGCAAAUCAAUGUGUUUAUGUAAGUGUAUUUCAUGUGUGCGUGCCCAUGUGUAUGUUUGUUUACGCUAAUCAUGCCGCUAACGCGCUGAUCUGAUCGCUAUUUAAUUCUUUGAAAUGAUUUUAUACAUCUCGCUGCAACCACUAUCCUAUCCGCUUCAUCACAAUUUUUCUAUUUUCUAUUUUUGUGUGUGUAUGUUUGUUUUUUUUUCAUCUCUUACCAUUUCGACUGUUGCCACUGUGGCUGGCUGCGUAAAUCUUACGAAGUGCUAUUUUUGCAUUCUAUUAUAAUUCUUAACACUCUUAAUUUUAUUUAAACUAUUUUCGAUUUAUGCGUACCUAUUUUUUGAUUCUCGUAUUAUUGGCAUAUUUUCAAAAUCGCACAACGAUCUCAUUUAUUUUUUGCCUAUGUUUCUGUGCUCGCUGAACUACUUAACUCGCCAACUAAAGUUUUUUUUGUAUUCUUAAGAAUUUGCAAUACUUUUGGUCCCGGUUAAUCUGAAUGGUACAUCUUCCAGCAGAAAAAAAGUUACAAUAUGUGGUACAAAUUUGGUGUCAAACGAAAGGAGUUUGAGAAAACUUCCUCGCGUAUUGGCUGCACCUAUGGGUUUAAAAAAAUAUAAUUAAUCAAAUGACUGCUUAACUUAAGAAGAUAUUACAGUUUCAGCAUCAAACGAGAGCUGUUUAAAAUGCUUAAAUUAAAUGUUAAACAGAGUUGCCACCUGUCUCAUAAAUCCAAAUUGAUCCAAGAAGUUGAGUAAUACAAAUAUCAUAAUUUGGCCCCAAAAUGAAAGCUAUUUAAAAACUUUUUAACCGAUUUCUUUAACAGCGUUGCCACAUAUCUCAGCAACCGAAAAUUAUUCAAUGAGUUGUGUAUUAUAUAACAAUUCGACUAUCAGACGCUAGACAUUUAAAAACUUCCUCAUCGAAAUUUCGUAUAUGGUUGCCAGCUAUCUGAGAAAUUGAAUAUAAAACAAUAAAUUGUGUAUCGUAUAACAAUUCUAAAGAUAUGCAUUUAAAAGCUUCCUAAUCGAAAUUUGCAUACGGUGACCAGCUAUCUCAUAUACAUUUAAAAACUUUCUUAUCAAAAAUUUUAAUAGAGUUGCCACUUAUUUCAUAAAUAGAAAUCCAUUCAAUAAAACGAGUAACUAAUAUAUUCGUCGUAAUGAAAUGAAACGAAAUUUGUUUAACAACGGCUUAUCCACAAUUGUUUAGUAGGGUUGCCACUUAUCUCAAAAAUAUAAAUCGUUUGAAUAAGUUUGAACAAAUAUUCGAAUUCGGCUUUGUUACGAUAGGUAUUUAUAAACUACUCAAUCAAAUUUUUUUAAUAGGGUUGCCACAUAUCUCGGAAAUCGUAAAAUAAUUCACGGAGCAGUGCACAUAACAUUUUAUACUUUCCAAUUUAAAUUUUUUAAUAUGGCCAUCAAAACAAAAAGUAUUUCCAAACAUUUUAAUUAUUUUUUUUUAUAAUAGGGUUGCCACUUAUCUCAUAUAUAUAAGUCGCUACAAUAAGUUUGAAAAUAUAUUCCAAUUCGGCUCUGAUACGAUAGGUAUUUAUAAACUACUUAAUCAACAUUUUUUUUAGUAGGGUUGCCACGUAUCUCAGAAAUCGCAAAAUAAUUCAGUGAGCUGUGCACAUAACAUAUUACUAUAUUUUCCAGUUUAAAUUUUUUAAUAUGCCCAUCAGAAUGCAAAGUGUUUAAAAACCGGUUAAUAAAUUUGUUUGA